AUGGCGACUGUUAGCAAUGAUGAACCAGGAUCAGAAGAUGAUAAUGUCAGACUAUUAGCAAUAAUGAACCAGGAUCAGAAGAUGAUAAUUUCUCCGGGAGCUACGCUGACCAGAAGCGGUAGUUUAAAGGAUUUACUACGGAGAACUAUUCAUCCUGAACCCUUUCUUUUGCAAUCGACCGUCUUAAAACCCCCCCUCGCCCAUUCCCCUGCCCUGAACCCUCCAAUCUCUCAUUCCCCUGCCCUGAACCCUUCAAUCUCUCAUUCCCCUGCCCUGAACCCUUCAAUCUCUCAUUCCCCUGCCCUGAACCCUUCAAUCUCUCAUUCCCCUGCCCCGAACCCUUCAAUCUCUCAUUCCCCUGCCCUGGACCCUUCAAUCUCCCAGUCCCCUGCCCUGAACCCUUCCAUCUCUCAUUCCCCUGCCCUGAACCCUUUCUUCUCCCAGUCCCCUGCCCUGAACCCUUCAAUCUCUCAUUACCCUGCCCUGAACCCUUUCUUCUCCCAGUCCCCUGCUAAACCCUCUUCCUUCUCCCAGUCCCCUGCUAAAUACCCUUUCUUCUCCCACUCCCCUGCACUGAACUCUUUCUACUCCCAGUCCCCUGCUAAAUACCCUUCCUUCUCCCAGUCCCCUGCACUGAUCCCUUCCUUCUCUGAAGUCCUAACUCUAACCUCUUCAAACUCCCUUAUCCAAUACUUUCCUUAG